AGAGGCCGAGGGGACCCGGCAGCGGAGCGUGAGGACCAGACACCCCCGCGAUGACCAGUUCCCCCGUCUCCAGAGUCGUCUACAACGGCAAGAGGAACAGUAGCCCCCGCUCUCCCCCCAGCAGCAGCGAGAUCUUCACCCCUGCCCACGAGGAGAAUGUGCGCUUCAUUUACGAAGCCUGGCAGGGAGUGGAGCGAGACCUGCGGAGCCAGAUGUCGGGCAGCGAGCGGGGCCUGGUGGAGGAGUACGUGGAGAAGGUCCCCAACCCCAGUCUGAAGACCUUCAAGCCCAUCGACCUGGGUGACCUGAAGCGCCGGAGCACGCCUGACGCCAAGAAGUCCUGAAGCCGGUGUCCCCUCCCCACCCCCCCACCCCCCUGCCUCUGGGAGACCCGGGUGCCACCCGAUGUUGGUCUCCCGUGGGCUCAGUUCCUGGGAGGGGGAGGGGCUGUGUGCCCAGGGGGCUGUCAACCCCAGGACCGGGAGGGGCAUGAUUGGUGGCCAAGGCCUGCCCUUCCUUCCUGAGCCCCCUCCUUUCCUCCUAGGGGGUCUUGAGCUGCCCCUGCCCCUGGGCGGGUCUGGGCCCUGCCAGCCCCCGCUCUCCCUGUAGUUGUCUCCUCGGAGCUGCCUGCCCCCACCCCAGGGCCUCGGCUCUGACUCCCCUCCACCUCCCGUCACCUUCCAUUGCCCCCACCCCCUGCCCCCCGGCUACUUCCAAGGUCACGAGGGAGACCUGGGGGGCCUGUGCCGUCUCCCAGGCUGGUGGUACUGGGCUGGCCUUGGCCCUGAAGUGGCCAGGAGGCAGGACAAGGGUGGCCCUUCCAUGCCUGUUGUAUUCCCUACCAACUCCUGCUGCUUCUCUGGCCUGGACACGUUGGGGAGCAUCUAAUUCUUCACCCCACUGUCCAGACUGGCCCUGUCCUUCCCUGCACCAGCUUCGGGUUGGCACCAGCCCUCUGGGCCUGGGAUGUUGCGAGCACCCGCUCAAAAGGGGUCCUGGGCAACCAGGCCUAGCCCCUUGUUGUCUGUGGCCCUGUGGCCACAGCAGCCCCCUGGGGCAGGGGUAUGAGGCUGGCCUUGGCCCUGUGCUGUGUGCUGGGACGGUCACCAGGGCCCCCCUUUCUUCCUGUGCUCUCCAAAAGCCAAGUGUCUGUGACUGAAGCCCAAGGACCAGUGAAUAAAGGCGGGUGGCGCU